UAGUUUGGGUGUUUGGGCUUUAGUCCAUUCAUUGUGAGAAGUACCACCAAGUUUGCAAUAAUAUGGGAUUUUGUGACAUCAUAAUCACGAUGAAAUAUUACUGCUCAUUAUUGUAGACGGAAAUAUUUGAGAUUUUCUACCUAAUUUAGUUUAAUUUAAUGCCACGCAACAGCGGAAUCGUUUUCUGUUCUUGAUAUGUUUCCGGGGGAGCUAUUGAGCGGCGGACUAGUUCACACGCCGCUGGCUGUUUGGUUCAUCACAAUUCACUGCGCCAUGCCGACUGAUACCAAACGUGUACGCGGCCCAGAAGUGUCUCAGAGCCCGUCUCUGUUUCUGUGCCAGCCGGCGGGCGCUCUCCCGUCGCACGGCCCCAGAGCGGACGGUCGGCAGCGGGAUCAAGUGGACGUCCGGCCCGUCUUUGUCCGCUGCGGACUGGUGAGCCAAGCUAAAGGCUCCGCGUACAUCGAGUCUGGAAACACCAAGCUGAUGUGCUGCGUUUAUGGCCCCAGAGAAACCGAGAGGAAAGAUGAGACCGACAUGAAAUGCGGAAGGUUGACGACUGACAUGCGUUUCGCCCCAUUUUCCUGCCCGGAGAGGGGUUCCUGGAUCCAGGGAAGCCAGGACAAAGACUUCUCCCUGAUGCUUCAUGAGAGUCUGCAGCCAGCUGUGUGCCUCCACAAAUAUCCCCGCUCCCAGAUCGAGGUCAACGUGAUGGUUCUUGAGAACAGCGGAUCGGUUCUGGCCCACGCCGUCACAUGUGCUUCUCUCGCUCUGGCAGAUGCAGGGAUCGAAAUGUAUGAUCUGGUGCUUGGUUGUUCCAUCCGCCAGGAUGGUGCAUCUUACGUGGUUGACCCUACUUACACAGAGGAAAACAGCUCAGUCAGCAGCAAGAACCAAGGCGGUCUGACUGUGGCGUUCCUCCCCAGCCUGAACCAGAUUUCUGGGCUGCAGUCAGAUGGAGAAAUGGCAGAAGAGACUCUGACAGCUGGGGUUCGGACCUGCAUUGAGGGAUGCUAUAAACUGUACCCGGUCAUCCAACAAGCUCUGGCCAAAGCUGUGCGUAAGGCUGCUCCCCCGCCAUCAGAGAGCUGAGAGACUCAUUAACCAAUAACUGAUUUUUUUCAUAGUUUUCUAGUUCAGCUUCCAAUCCUUAUUCCAACAACAAGACCUAUAUUUCUAUGUUGGCAAGAAUGUGCUGUAAGUGAAAUUUGAUAACACAGAUUUCUGAAUUUUCUUAUUAAAUAAUUUAACAGUGUG